UUUUUGCAAUACCGAAUCUCUCAGAUACGGUAAACGUAAAUCGUGAACGUGAUUCGCUCGGAAAUAACGUGACAAUGUAUGCGACCAGUAGCAUUCACGAUUUACGUUUACCGUAUCUGAGACACGGUAUUGCAAAAACCCACCAUUUUCGCCAGUUGUUGCUUCGCGUCUAUAGAAUAUACGUGUGUAGAAUGGGCAGAAGCGAGCGAAAACUCAAGCUUCCAAACUUGAUGAAGAAAAAAAGAACGAUCACUUAUUUCUCGAAUAAUGACGAUAGGAUAUUUUUUUAACAGGAUACUUAUUUUUUUUCAUGGAUAACGAGAGCAAUGGUAGCACACGUUACUUUCCAAAAGUAAACUUUCCCAACCCCGAGCUCCACACUGGAGCUCGCCGAAAGAAAUCCCUGCGCUCUGGAAAGAUAUUAUAACUUUACGCGUGACAAUUUCACCGGGCCGAACACAAUCGCGUCUCCUCGUUGGGUGGACGACCCCAUUUCACCGUGACUGAGCGCGCUUCUCUCAUGCUCGUGGAGCGCGAUCGUAAGGUCAUAAAAUUAAUCGACGUGCCGUUUGCCGAGAGUCUGAAUCGAUCACUCGCCCCCCAUCGAUCGCUCUCCCCGUACGCGCGAUAUUACCCUUCCCUAUAAUAUCGCCGUCGCGUAUCGCGUAGUGCGCGUGUGCGCCCGUCGCUUCCCUUCGCUCGCAGCGGUGGAGGGAAAAAAAGAAAAACAAGAAAAAGGAAAACGGAAAAAAAGAAGGAAAGCUGGGCAAGAAAAGUCGGUGGAGCGCGCACUCUCGCGCGCUCACCGAGAUCGCCGCACGUAAACACGAUGCGGCGCGGGGAUUCGGUCGGACCUGCGCCCUGUACCGCGCCGCGCGUCGCGCACACGACGAUCCGUCACGCGCGCAGCAGCUGCGGCCGUUCGCGGGGCCGCCGCGUAGUGGGGUAGCGUGCCGCUGCGAGAGGGUGUCGCGCGCGAGGCAGGUCAGGGCUGGGCUCAGUCAGUGUGUUCGCGCGCGCAGUGUGUUGCGGUUUCGUCACCGCGGUUCCCCGUCACCCCUUCUCUCUCGCUCUCUCUCUCUCUCUCUCUCUCUAACUCGCUCGUGUCGCACGUUUAGCACACCCACACAACCGAGCCACGCGCGUGCGUGCGUGCGUGCUGCUGUCGUUGCCGCCGCCGCUGCCGCUGUCAUCGCUCCCACGCGUGCUGCAUUGCCGCUGCGUCGCCGUCGCUCCUCUCCCCGCUCGCCCCGCUCGCGACUGUUGAACGAGUCGUGCGCUACGCUGCCGCUGUCGCCGUCGCCGCGCGCUCGCGCUGCGCGACCGCCCGACCGAUCAACCGACAGACCGACCGACCAAUCAACGAACCGAGCAACCGGCUGACCGACCGACUAACCGACCGACCGACCGACCAACCGACCAACCGACCGAGGAGGGGAGGAGGAAGAGGAUAGAGCGUGGCUACGCGAGAGUUCGGCAUAGUGCGAAGCGCGAGUGCGAGAACGUCGUGCAGGAGGCUCGCCCGCUCGCUCGUUCGCGCUGCCAGUGCGGGACGACGCGCGAUGCUGACAAUACGCGUGCUUAUAUAAUUACCCGUGGCAGUCGUCGGUGUGUGCAUUAGCGGCGCGUGACGGGUGACGCGCGCGACGCGAGUGAGCGAACGAGUAGUGCGUCCCACGGCGACUGCGGCGAAUCGUCGUGCGCUCUCGCGCUGCUCGUCGUCGUCGGGCUCUCUCAGGCUUCUGCGUGUACGCUCGCUUCGGGGUCUGGCAUCAUACAUAAAAAUAUGCACAUUUAUUUUCUAUUUAUUUUAAAACCGCUUAAAGAAAAGAUGAUGAAAGCAUUCGAAAGUGCAGGCUGGCCUACGAGCGUGGCAUUACACGGGGAAGACGUAGUAAUGAAUUUGUUUAUAUUUUUUGUAUUUGCCGACCCCGUCGAUGGUUCCGUUGGAACGUACCAGUUGGAGUAUACAACAGCAACAGCGACAGUGACAGCGACCGCAACCUCAGCUAUUGGUGGUGGACUCGUUGGUCGUGCAGCAACCUCAACAGCAACAGCAACGAAAUUGCCGGAUCGUCGCCUCGAGUCAGGCGUCGUCAGCAUCGGGUGACUCGCAACAGUGCAACCGAGACAAAAUGACCGACCAGCGAGAGCAGCAGCAGCAACAGCCGCAGCCGCAGCAACAACAGCAGCAGACCAAAAGCAAUGAGGAACCAAGGACGAAUCUGAUUAUUAAUUAUCUUCCACAAAAUAUGAACGAGAAGGAGCUAUACAGUCUGUUCGUGACUAUCGGUCCGGUAGAGUCCUGCCGAGUCAUGAAGGAUUAUAAGACUGGUUACAGUUACGGCUUCGGUUUUGUAAACUACGCGAAGGCCGAGGAUGCCGCAACGGCGAUAAGCACGCUGAAUGGACUGCAGGUGCAAAAUAAACGUUUGAAGGUGUCGUUUGCACGACCUUCCGGGGAGGAAAUUAAAGAAACGAAUCUUUAUGUUACGAACUUACCAAGAAAUAUCACGGAAAGUCAAAUCGAUGAGAUUUUCAGUAAAUAUGGCAACAUUGUGCAGAAGAAUAUACUGAAGGAUAAACUUACCGGCUUACCGAGAGGGGUAGCAUUCGUACGGUUCGAUAAACGGGAAGAAGCACAGGAGGCGAUCGCGCGACUUCAUGGUACAAUACCAGAGGGUGGAUCAGAGCCGCUCAGUGUAAAAAUUGCCGAGGAACACGGUAAACAAAAAGCGGCAUAUUACGCAGGGUGGCAAGCUGGGUACAAUCAAAGUCGCGAUAAGAUGGCUGCAUCUAAAUCAGACUGCAACGACUUAACGCACUAAAAAGCACACCUUUUGUGUACACAGAGAAUCGAAAAGGUGUUUACAUUUUAACGCGUUAAUACAAACGCAUUAAAACGCAGAGAGAUCUUUGCGACCGACCGAUUGUGUAUGGAGACACAUUUCUCGCGCUUCUUUGCGCGCUUCUUGUUUAUUUUUUUUUUCCUCUACUUUUCCGAAGUUGUGCGUCGUUAUUUUGAUGUGUAUGAAGAAGAGAUGAGCGGAGAUUGCGCGGAAAAUGAAAAGAAAGAAAAAAGAUAUGAUCAAACAGUGUUGUGACAGAAGAAUAUCGUGUGUGAUUUGUGAUGAUGCAUACACGCAAUGCACUAAUAUUAUAUGCAUUAUAUGCUAGUCUCUGGAACGAUACGGCGCUUGUGAUAAGCGAGGACUCGUAUGAGAAAAAUCGCAGAAGAAAAAUGCCGUUUAUACAACUUUCAGUUUGGAUGCGCUGGCUAGCUGGACGAUUACUUAUGACACGCCCUCCUUAUCCUUUUCUUUCCCCAUCUACCCUUUCUUUCCGUUCUAUCGUCUCUUUCCUCCCCCUCCCCCUUUCCGUUUCUCUUACUCUUGUAUUUUCUUAGUAUCAGUGUUUUCGUCCGUUCUUUCGCUUUGAUACUUUUGUUAAAUACUACUCUUGCUCAUACGUUAACGAGCGCACAGAAGCUUUCACGUUCGCCGAUACAAUAUCAUAUUCCAUGGCUGAUACUGUUUUGUGCUUUAUUGCGUUUCGCAAGCGUUUUGUAUUAUUAGUUUUGUACUACACAUAAAAA